AUGGCACCAAAGCGCCUGAAAGCCCUCCUUGACGACCAAGAAUCAGUGGGCCUCAACGAAGUCGUUUGUGGGUGUUGUUCGCCUCUUCAACGGGUAGCUGGCGGUUGCGCAGCAGCCCCGAACUAUCGGUGCGAAGCUGCAGGGCGCGGCUUCGCGGCUCGAUUCGAGGCGUGGGGCACUCCGUCCUCCCCGUCCUCCCCGUCCUCUGGGAGCGACAGCGAGGCAGAGGCCGAGGCCUAUGCCAAGGAUGCCAAGGGCAAGAGCCAGGACAAGUCGUCAGGUGGGUACUUGAGAAUCAGCGAGCUGCUGAAAGGAGUCAACCUGUACAACCUGAUGGGCAUUUCUGAAGGUGCCUCCCAGGAUGAGAUCAAGAAGGCCUACCGAGGCCUGGCCUUGACCGCGCACCCGGACAAGCAGGCGGCCAUGGAGCCGGAGGAAGCCAAGAAGGUGCAAGAGAACUUCGUGAAGAUCCAGGAAGCAUACGAGCUUCUGUCCGACCCUUCCAAGCGGAAGCAGUACGACUCCAGCCUUGACUUCGACGAGAGCUUGCCGAAGUUUCGCCCGGACAGCGGCCAGGACUUUUUCAAGGUCUUUGGCGAGGCCUUCCGGCGGAACGCGCGCUUUUCCGUGAGGCGCCCGGUGCCCGAUUUGGGCAGCCUGGAGGAUGAGCCUCGAGUGUGGAAGCGCUUCUACGACUUCUGGUCUGGCUUUCAGUCAUGGAGAGAUCCAGUGAUGCUUGCGCAGAAAGCUGGGGAAGAGAUCUGCGACCUCGACGAAGCAGAGUGCCGGGAAGAGAGGCGCUGGAUGAUCAGGGAAAACCAGCGGGUUGCACGACAGUACAAGCAGCAGGAGCGCGACAGGAUCGCCAAGCUCGUCAGGGACGCCGAGACAUUCGAUCCCCGUAUCCAGGCGGAGAAGGAGGCCAAACGACUCGCUCGCGAAGCAGAGGCCGCCAGACGAGAGGAGGAGCGAACAGCUGCCAAACGGGCAAAGGAAGAGGCUGAGCGACAGCGGCGUGAAGCUGAAGAAGCUCUCCGACUGGCAGAGGAGCAGAAACGCCGAGAGGAGAAGGCCAAGCGGGACGCCGUGAAAGAGCGCGUGAAGAAGUGUCGGCAACGACUUCGGAGCUUCCACCCGGCCGUGAAGGAAUAUGUGGUCCUGGAGCAGCUCAACGAGGUCUGCUUGCAGUUCGACGAAGAACAAUUGAGGGAUCUGGGCAACCAGAUCGAGCAGACGUUGAAGGGAAGUGCGCUGGAAGCAGCCAGCCUGUUCCACAAGGCCAUCGAGUCCAUCGGCCUCACUCCCAUGAAGGUGAGUGAAGACGCGGCCAGCACCACCAGCGGCCCAACCGACUCGCAGGAGGAGGCCCCGCGCCAAGUAGAGCGCGAGACGAGCCAGGAGCGCAAGGAGCGCGAGCGGCGAGCCGCCGAGGAACAGGCCAAAAGACGCAUAGUCGAGGAGCAGCAGGCCGCAGAAAAGGCGAGGCUGGCCGCCGAAAAAGCCGAGGAGAAGAAGAAAAAAGAGGAGCAGCGAAAGAAAGACGCUGCAGCUGCCGAGGCCGCCAGGCGGGCGCAGGAAAAGAAGGAUGAACUGAAAGCCAAGAAGGCCGAGGAGAAGCAGAAGAAACAGGAGGAGGAGGAGAAGCUCCGAAAGGAGCAGCAGCGCGAGGUGGCAAAGCAGAAGGCGCAGGAACAGGCACAAAGAGACCGCCAGGCAGCUCAAGAAGAGAAGGAGAAGCUUGAGCUGGAGCGGCUGAUCAAUCUUUUCGCAAAGGACCGCCUAGAGAGGCUGGGCAAGCUGGAUCCGCUCUCCGACGAGAAGCUGGCAUCCUCCUUACAAGCAGCAGUGGACGAGGACAAGGCUCUCGCAGGUGCGCUGCAGUUGCUGAAGGGCAAGCUGGGAUCUUGUGAGGAGAAUGCAUGCUUGGAUCCAUUGGAUCGAGCCAUUGCCCUUGUCAGCGACGGCGCCGGGGCUGGGAGCGUUUGGCCGCUGGCCGUGGCAGCGCCCAGCCACCUCCGCCUGGAGAACGCGCUGCGGAACCGCGUCAAGAAGGCCCGGAACCGGCUGAGGGAUGCCGUGGGAUCCUUCCUGAAGUCGUGCAAGCUGCCAAAUGCUGACGAGGGUGCAGUCACAGAGUGGCAGCAGGGCAUCGUAAAUGGCUUGCUGGAGCUGCCACCAUGGUCCCCACAGGAGCCGGAGCUGCCAAAGGCUGCACCAGGCCCUGACAAGAAGAAGAAGAAGGACAAAGCCGUGGAGGAGGACUUGGAUCAGAUCCUUGCGGAGUUCGACGAUUCGUCGCCGGCCGAGUCCAAGUCCAAGAAGUCCGGCAAAAAGAAGAAGUGA